ACCGCGGCCCGUCCCACUUGAAGUAGUCGUGUGAAAACAUCUGCUCCGGUCUGGUCUGGUCGCUCCUUCAGUGCCGCGCGGGGACCAUGGAGCAUCUCACGCAGUUCGUCGUCACGGUGUGCACCGCCGGGGCCGUCGGCUUCGUCGCCGUCAUCUUCGUCCUCAGAUGGGUCCUCCACUUCAAGGAGGGCUUGGCCUGGGAUGGAGGUCUGGCCGAAUUCAACUGGCAUCCGGUGCUGAUCGUCUCGGGCUUUAUUUUGCUGCAGGGAGUAGCCAUCAUCGUCUACAGGAUUCCCUGGACCUGGAAGCGCAGUAAACUACUGAUGAAGUUCAUUCAUGCAGGUCUGAACUUGGCAGCGUUCAUCUGUGCCGUUGUCUCCAUGGUGGCAGUUUUUGACUUCCACAACGCUGCCAAAAUUCCCAACAUGUACAGUCUACACAGCUGGCUGGGCCUGAUAGCAGUGAUACUUUAUGGUCUGCAGAUUGUUCUUGGAGUUGGCAUGUACCUGAUACCAGCUACACCUGUGUCCUGGAGAGCAGCAUUUAUGCCCAUCCACGUCUACAGUGGUCUUUUACUUUUUGCCAGUAUUAUAGCAGUUGCACUCAUGGGCAUCACAGAGAAGCUUAUUUUCGGCCUGAGCAAUCCUAAGUACAAAGACUCUCCACCCGAGGCGGUUUUUGUGAAUGUUUUGGGAGUCCUUCUGGUGGUUUUUGGAGCCCUCAUCCUUUGGAUUGCCACUCGAAGUUCUUGGAAACGCCCCAGUGAAGAGAUUUUGCAUACCCUGCAUACCAAUGGGGGAGGUCAGGACAAUGGCAAAGACGGUCCUGGGUUAUCUGAGCUGUCUGCUGGAGAAGUUAGAAGGAGGAAUAAUACUCUUGAUAACUAGCCUGAAUAAGAAAAAUAAGAUAAAGGGAAUGGUUUAAAACAAAUGUAUAAAAUGCUGUUACACUAUAACUUUCUUUCCUCCAACUUUGCAAUAGUUGGUAUCUUUUUAGGAACGCCAUAAAAACGCACAAAGAUCAUAGUUGCACACCAACAUUAAAAGGCUACAAACUUUUUUCUAUGUUUUCAAUAAAGGAUGUCGAUUUUUUAACCUGUCCUUUAUGCUGCAGAUUAUUUGUUUUACAUGAUUAAAUCUAUGCUGUUUAUA